AUGUCAAAGAUUCUUAUCGGACAGCGUCGGCGGACAUAUCGUCGUUACCUGUUUCGGUGUGAGAAAACAGCGAGGAAGACAGCAAAUGAAACGGACCGAUCAAAAUAUAAGAACGCUCAUUCAUUCGAAGCAGAACUCGUUGAAGACUUUAUUGAUGGACCACUUACUGGUUAUCAGAUACUCCUUGUAGCAUUGAAUGGCAGUCUCGACGGCUGUGCUGUCAAGUGCUAG